AUGCCUACCAUAGAGGAGAUCAAUCAGGCGGUCUUCGACGCUCUUAACGAGCAUCACUCUAUCCGCAUCCUCGGUGACCUACCUACAGAGUUUCUCAACGAAGAAGACUACAUCGGUUCGACCAUGGAACUGAUCAAGGAUUUUGUCGACGUAUGGAAGGAAAAGGCAAAAACACUCUUCGUCGCUGUCGAAGUUUGGCCAAGACAUAGCUACUUUGCCCUCGAUCUCAAUAACGACCGUUACAACUAUGACACGGCUCACAUUGAGAUCAUUCGCCUGCCUGUCUACCUACUCCGGCUAUCCAGAAGAAGCCGCAAAUGGAAAAUCUUCAGGCACAGGCCCGAAGAUAGAGGGCUAGCCGAGAGAAUUGCGUUCUUGCAUGAAGGCAAUGGCCAGGCCCCGACUCCUUUUCUUGGGGAUCAUAUCAAGGGAGUCGUACACCUCUCACCUCGACGCCUUGGCUGUCCGAAUCCUCUUGGGGACUAG